GCACUCCAGGAGGCCCCGCCCCCAGAGGCGCGCCCCCAGGGGCCGGGGGCCUACUCCUUGGCGUGCCCGGGCCAUGGAGGCCCUGCGGAGGGCCCACGAGGUCGUGUUGCGGCUACUGCUGUGCCGGUCCUGGGCCUUGGGCGCCGCCUCCCGCCCGAAGCCCCGCGCCUCGGAAGUGCUGACGCUGCACCUGGUGCAGCGGCGCCUGCCGCACUGGACCUCCUUCUGCGUGCCCUACAGCGCGGUCCACAACGACCAGUUCGGCCUGUCUCACUUCAACUGGCCGGUGCCGGGCGCCAACUACCACGUCCUGCGCACCGGCUGCUUCCCCUUCAUCAAGUACCACUGCUCCAAGGCGCCUUGGCAGGACCUGGCCCCUCAGAACCGCUUCUUCACGGCGCUCAAGGUCAUCAACCUGGGUAUUCCAACUUUGUUAUAUGGACUUGGCUCCUGGUUAUUUGCCAGAGUCACAGAGACUGUUCAUACCAGUUAUGGACCAAUAACAAUCUAUUUUCUAAAUAAAGAAGAUGAAGGUGCCAUGUAUUGAGAAUGUGCAUUGGAAAAUACAAAUGUCAAUGAAUUUGUUCCCGUGUGUGUGUGUGUGUGUGUGUGUGUGUGUGUGUGUGUGUGUGUGUGUGUGUGUGUGUGACACAAUAUUUAUUUUUGAUUCUUUAAAAUAAAACGCUGGCAAACACCUUUGUCUUUCUGUGGUGUGUGGUUUUUUAAAGAUGAAUCACUAUCCCCUAGAGGGAAGUUUUUUCUACAUUAUUAUAUAUGGUGUACUGUUUUGCUAAUGGGAACUACAAGCGCACAUGGCUUCACUCCUGUUUCCCUAGAACUAGGUUAAACUACAGAUUUAAAAAAAAAAAAAA